CCAACCGGCCGCGCGCCGUGGUGUGUUUGCAAGCGUGAAAAGUUGCACAGUCAUGUUGGUGCAGGAAUUCCUCCCCUCUCCUCCUCCUCUUCCGCUGGACUCCUGCCCGCAGCCGCUCGGAGCGGCGGGGACACACACCGCUUCGUCGUAAUUUGCUCCUUUUGACGUGGAUGACGGCAGAUUUCGGGGUUUUUUUACGGGGCAGAAACUCCCGCCCGCCCCGGAGACCCGGAGACCCGGAGAGCGCACCGCGCGCCGCGCCGCGCCGCCGCGCUUUGGACAGGUCUGCGCGUAAAAGCUGCUCCGGGACCCGCGGAGAGGUUCGUCCCCGUGUUUGGACAGCUGUGGUUCAGGACAAGCGUCACAACAAAGAGGCUAAAGAACUCUCCUCUCCAGCCGACUCCACUUCCCCCUUCAAUGGCCGAGGACUCGCUCAAACUUCACAAUGGAUUACCGCGCCAACAGUGAACGCUGUAAAAUCCCGACCGACCAGGAUUUAAUGAUGGCGGCUUGACUCAUGCUUCGGGAACACUCUGACACUGGCACGAACGCUGUCAGUCAUGCUGCAGCCGGGAAAAUGCGGGCGAGGGCGUGUCCUGUGGUUUACAGUCCGUCUACAGUAUUGGUGCAGGGAGACGCAUGACAUGAACUUAUUAGCCGCAGCGACUGGCUUUUCCUCUCGACGCCUUGCUCCGCCUGCUGGCUGUGAACAUGACCACAGCUGGUUGGUGCUCGCGUGCUGAUCGUGUCCCUGGUUUGUCUGGAGAUCUCUGCUCGUUGAAUGGAUAUUUACUCUAAAAUGAUGGAAGUGGAGGUGGCGAGGACAUCUUCACGCUGGAGCCUGUUUGAACCGAAAGGAUUAUGUUUGCUCCAAAAAUAACCCCAAUGGGAUAAAAACUCUUCGAAAGACUAUUAAAGGACUAUUCAUAAGGACCCGGAAAUACUAAAUCUGGAGUGACCCCCCCCUCCCAUACCUUCUGCAGGAUGCACUGCUCCAUGAGGAAGAGACGUACCACACGCGACCCCGACUUCACCGCCGUCGUGGUUCCGUCCAUGCACGGCUCCGGGUAUCUGGACUACACCGUGGAGAACCACGCGUCCAGGUCCAUGAAGGUCAUGGAUGAGUUCAGGCAUCAGGAGAUGCUGUGUGACUUAGUGCUGCACGCCACAUACAAGGAAAGGACGGUGGACUUCAAGGUGCACAAGGUGGUGCUGGCCUCGUGCAGCCCGUACUUCAGAGCCAUGUUCACCAGUAGCUUCAGGGAGCGCAGCGCCUCGGAGGUCAGCCUCCCCGAUACCUGCCCCCAGGUGUUGGGGAAGCUCAUCGACUUUGCGUACACGUCGCACAUCACGGUGGGAGAGCAGUGCGUCCUGCACGUUCUGCUGGCCGCCAUGAGGUAUCAGAUUGAGGACGUGGCCAAAGCUUGCUGCGAUUUCCUCACGAAGCACCUGGAGCCGUCCAACGUCAUCGGCAUCGCACGCUUCGCCGAGGAGAUCGGCUGCACUGAGCUGCACCAGCGAAGCCGAGAGUACAUCAAUACACACUUCAGUGAGGUGACCAAAGUAGACGAGUUCUUCAGCCUCAGCCACUGCCAGCUGCUGGACCUCAUCAGUCAAGAGAGUAUCAAGGUGCUAUGUGAGUCUGAGGUGUAUAAGGCUUGUACAGACUGGGUUCGCUGGGACAUGGAGGGCAGAUCGCAGUAUCUCCACGCCCUCCUCAACGCGGUUCAUAUCUACGCACUGCCGCCAAAGUUCCUGAAGAACCAGCUCCUGUCCUGCCCCAUCCUGAGCAAGGCGAAUUCCUGUAAAGAUUUCCUGUCUAAAAUAUUCCAGGAUAUGACAAUAAGGAAGCUUCCUCCUGCACCUCUUCGAGGAACCCAGCUCAUCUAUGUGGCCGGCGGAUACCGGCAGCAUUCUCUGGCCACGAUGGAUGCUUAUGACCCCAGGAGGAACGUGUGGCUGAAACUGGCCGACAUGGGGACGCCGUGCAGCGGCCUGGGGGCCUGUGCGGUGUUCGGCCUGUUCUACACGGUUGGAGGCAGGAACUUGUCCCUUCCGAACAACACCGAGUCCAACGCCCUGUGCUGCUACAACCCCAUGACCAACCAGUGGAGCCAGCGCGCCUCGCUCAACAUCCCCCGGAACCGAGUCGGGGUGGGCGUGGUGGACGGCUGCAUCUACGCCGUGGGCGGCUCCCAGGGCUCGGUUCAUCACAACACGGUGGAGAGGUGGGAUCCGGAGUCGAACCGCUGGUCGUUCGUCUGUCCGAUGUCGGUGGCCCGCCUGGGGGCCGGCGUGGCGGCCUGCGGGGGGGCGCUCUACGUCGUCGGGGGAUACGACGGGCAGAACCGCUGGAACACGGCCGAGAAAUACCAGCCCGACACGAACACCUGGCAGCAGCUGGCGCCCAUGGGCGCCGUACGCAGCGGACUGGGAUUGGUGUGCCUCAACUCCUACCUGUACGCCAUCGGGGGCUACGACGGGCGGAGCCAGCUGUGCUCGGUGGAGCGCUACAACACGGCGCGGAACGCGUGGGAGCCGCGGGCGCAGAUGCAGUACUGCCGCAGCGCGCACGGGGUCACGGUCUACCAGGGGCGCAUCUUCGUCUUCGGAGGCUUCAACCAGCACGGCUUCCUGUCCAGCGUGGAGUGCUACUGUCCCGAUAAGGACGAGUGGACGUACGUCACCGACAUGCCGGUGGGACGCAGCGGCAUGGGCGUCGCCGUCACCAUGGAGCCCUGCCCUGGCAGCCUGCCGGAGGAGGAGGAGGAGGAGGAGGGGGGAGGACAAGAGGAGGAGGGCGCCGCGGCGUGACGUCUGAUCUGAACUCUGUGGUGCCGCCUUUAAAAAACUCCUCUUAUUAAAAAAAAAAAAAAAAACACUCAAUAAUGCAGUUGCACUGCAUCGUGGGAUUGGCCUGGAGUAUAUAAGAACUGCAAAGAUGAAGAAAUAC